AUGACUCAAUUUCGACCUUGCAUUGACCUUCACUCAGGUCAAGUGAAGCAAAUUGUGGGCGGGACACUCAGCCAGGUUGCCGAGGAUCUAAAGACCAAUUACGUCUCGACACUCCCCGCCAGUCACUAUGCGGAACUCUAUAGAAAAAACAACCUGCGCGGUGGUCACGUCGUGAAGCUGGGCCCCGGCAACGAGGAGGCUGCACUGGAGGCAUUGAAGGCAUGGCCUAAUGGGCUUCAAGUGGCCGGUGGUAUUACCGACAAGAAUGCUCAAUAUUGGAUUGAUCAAGGUGCCGAGAAGGUGAUCAUUACUUCUUUUCUGUUUCCCUCGGGGAAGUUCUCGCUCGAGCGGCUGCAGGCGGUGCUUGCAGCCCUUGGUGGUGACAAGUCAAAGCUGGUCUUGGACCUGAGUUGUCGCAGAAAAGACAAUACUUGGUUUGUGGCUAUGGACCGAUGGCAGACCAUUACAGAGAUGGAGAUUUGUCAAGAGUCUAUCGCGCUACUGGAACCCUACUGCUCCGAGUUUCUUAUUCACGCGGCAGAUGUCGAGGGUCUGCAGCAGGGCAUUGACGAAGAACUCGUUUCCAAGCUCGCUGAAUGGUGUACCAUCCCUGUGACUUAUGCUGGUGGUGCUCGCAAUCUUCAGGAUUUGGAGAAGAUACAUAAGAGCAGUCAAGGCAAGGUUGACUUGACCAUCGGCAGUGCGUUGGAUAUCUUUGGUGGCUCUGGGGUGACUUUUGAUGAAUGUGUUGAAUGGAACAAGGCCCAUCAGUAA